AUGCUUGAGUUUUUCCAAGCUUUAGUUCAAGCAAAUCUACCAGAACUGGGAUACAGAGAUCUUCUCUCAAUGUUAAUCGUCUCAGUUACUUCAUCGCUACUUCAUGAGCAGGCUUAUCACUCAUUGGCCAAGUAUGCAGCCACCCUGACAAUCCCAUGGCAUAACGAAGCACAGUGUAUUGUACAACAAUUGCUAAAAGAUGUUCAGAAUCCAUCAGAAUGUUGCACAACACAUAUUUGUUUUGUUGGUCAUUGGAGAAAUAGGAAGACAUGUAGAUUUAAGUGGAAUUAAUUCAUUA